AUGGCGAUAGGAAGAACUCUGACCGCCUUGCCUGCAGCCAUCCUCACUCUCUGGAUCCUCUUCACAGUUUCCAUCUCGGAAGCUGUGGGUGGAUCCGGCAUCGGCGUCAACUACGGCAGGCUUGCGAGCAAUCUCCCCCCGCCGGCUCAGGUGGCGCAAUUUCUUGCUCGAAACACCGUAAUCGAUCGUGUUAAGCUCUUCGAUACCGAUCCAUCGACAUUGCAAGCCUUCGACAGCACCGGCGUAGCCAUUGAUGUCACCAUCUCUACCGACCUCAUCUCGAACCUCACCAACCUUUCCUUCGCCAAGUAUUGGAUUCAGGCCAACAUCCUCCCCUACAUCGCCGCCACCAACGUCACCCGCAUCCUCGUCGGCAACGAGGUCCUAUCGACUGCCGGCAAAUCACUGAUCUCCGGCCUCGUGCCGGCCAUGCAAAACCUCCACACCGCCCUCGUCGGCGUGUCGCUGCACCACAAGAUCAAAGUCUCCUCCCCACACUCCUUAGCCAUCCUCUCCGCCUCCGAUCCACCAUCCCUUGGGAGAUUCCCCGACGGCUACGACACCGCUAUAAUGAAGCCGUUGCUCAACUUCUUAAGAGCUACAAAUUCCCCUUUCAUGGUGAAUGCAUACCCAUUCUUUGGUUUCACUCAUGAUACCCUCGACUACGCUCUUUUCCGGCUGAACUCCGGCGUGGUGGACGACAACACGGGCCUCACGUACACCAACAUGUUGGACGCGCAACUGGACGCUAUCUUCUCCGCAAUGAAGCUCAUGGGUUUCACCGACGUCGAUAUCGUCGUAGCCGAAACCGGAUGGCCAUCGAUGGGCGAUGCCGGGGAGGUUGGCGUCGACAUGGAUAGUGCCCGGGACUACAACAAGAACCUUAUGCGGCAUGUGGCUUCCGGUAUGGGCACCCCGCUGAUGCCCAACAGAACAUUUGAGACAUAUAUCUUCUCACUCUUCAAUGAGGAUCUCAAACCGGGGCCGAUGUCGGAGAGGAACUUUGGGCUGUUCCAUCCCAAUAUGAUGCCCGUCUAUGACAUUGGAAUUCUUACAACCGAGGUGAGAAAACAGGUGAACCCAGUGGUGACCCCCGCGAAUAUUCCAAUGCCAUCCGAUGUGAAGAGGUGGUGCGUUCCGAAACCAAACGCCGAUGUCAUGGCACUGCAGGAAAACAUCGAGUAUGGCUGCGCGCAGGGCAUUGACUGCAAUCCGAUACAACCGGGUGGUGCAUGCUAUCAUCCAAACACUGCACAAGCCCACGCUGCUUACGUUAUGAACGAGUACUACCAAUCUUUUGGAAGGAAUUCGUUUGACUGUGAUUUCGGACGGACCGGAGUGAUCUCCACCAUUGAUCCAAGCUAUGGAAACUGCAUGUAUAGAUCCUGAUGAUAACGUGGCAAUGAAAGAAGGAACUACAAAAUUGCACUGGGCCUUCUUCUAAGCCGUAGAAGAACUUUUCUACCGUAAGUAUGGCUCUAGUUUUUUCUUUUUCCCUCUCUCUCCUAUGUUGUUGUGUAUGCUGGACUUUGUAAGGGUUUUCCGUGCAAAGUUACCAUUAGUAACCUUUUUUUUUUUUUGAAAAAAACUGUGUGUAACCUUACAUCCUCAUCGAUGUAUUUAAUUUACUAAUUAGAAAUACUGAGAUUAUCCA